CUAAUACGUUCUUUGGACAGCUCGAAUUUGGAAUCAACUAUUUCAAAAUAACAACAAUCCAAUGACCAAUAGAAAGAAAACGAUCUCAAAGGCGAAAUUUCCCAACACCUGCCAUUAAAACUGCGAUUGCAGAGCAGAGGAGCAGUGGAGAAGAAGAAAGAUGGGAGAAGAACUGAAGUUAUUCAGAACGUGGUCGAGUCCGUUCCCUCUGAGAGUAGUAUGGGCGUUGAAGAUGAAAGGGUUAGAAUACGACACCGUUUACGAAGAUCUGGCGAACAAGAGCCCGCUGCUUCUGGAGUACAAUCCCGUCCACAAGAAGGUUCCGGUGCUCGUCCAUGGCGGAAAACCGAUCGCCGAAUCGCUCGUCAUCCUCGAGUAUAUCGACGAAACAUGGAAGCAGAAUCCGUUGCUUCCUCCGGAUCCUUACGACAGAGCCCUCGCUCGCUUCUGGGCUAAAUUCGGGGACGAUAAGGUAUUGGAAUCUAUAAAGAAAGUGCUCAUGAACCAAGGGAAAGUGAAAGAGGAAGGAGUGGAAGAAGCCUUGGAGAAUUUGAAGCAUUUGGAAGAACAGUUGAAGGGGAAGAGGUUCUUUGGAGGGGAGGCCAUUGGGUUUGUGGAUAUUGCAGUUGGGUGGCUUGCAAAUUUGGUCAGUGUAUUAGAGGAAGUGACUGAAACUCACCUUAUAACAGAGCAGAGAUUUCCCCUCUUGUCCAAAUGGAUAACAGAAUUUGCUGCUGCUCCAAUCAUCAAUGAAAAUUGGCCUCCCAGAGACAAGCUUGUCGCCAAGUACCAAGCCCUGCAUCAAACUUUUAUUAGUAAAGAAACAUGAUUAUAAGAUUAUAGAUCAUGUGAUAUAAUCUCUAAGAUGAUAGAUUACGGAUCACGUGUUGAAAAAUAAUACAGCGGUUGCUUCUCUCUUCUAUGGUUUUAAUAAGUCCGAGUUUAUGAAACUUGAGAUUGUAGUGUAUGGAUUUGUACAAGAAAUUAUCUAUAUAUAUCACAAGCAUGAGGGCUAUAGCUUAGUCGGUGGAGCUACCA